CCAGCCGUAGGUGUACGAUAUACGAACUCAUAAUCCUCAGGUGGCUCAAAUGCCUACAUCUCCAUUAGAUAUAAGUAUUCUAGAUCAUCUAAUCCUGGAUGUCGAAGCAUCAGAGGUUAAGGAGAACAUGGAAGUCGAAGCAAUGAAUGUAGAUAUGGAAGUUGAAGCUCGUGUAUUAUUUCCACCCAAAUCCGAUUUCUCCAAGGUGUGUUCCUGCAACGAAUGUUCUGGGAAAAUGAAGGUUCUUAAGGAAUUUGAGAAAGAUCUCCAGUCUAAAGCGGAUUUAGUGAAUGAACGCAAACUCCAAGAGAUUUCAGAUCAGGCUAUUAUUGUGGACCUUACCGCUGCCUUUGAGUGGACGGUAGAAACUUUGGAUGUUCUUUAUACUAACCUUAAAAGGCUUUACACGAAAUCAGGAUUGUCAUGUGAGCUUAGAAGAAGUGAAUCUGAAGAGGACAUGACUGAUAGAUAUUUUCGAAUAAUUAACAUGCUAAUGGAUAAUAAAUUGCUAAGGAAAAGUGAUGUUCCAUAUGCAAGCAAGGCUGGUAAAUGUGGGGAUGAGGAUGCUGAUAUUCUUCCUCUGGCGGGGCACAUCGAUGCCGGGUUUAUGCAUUACCAGCUCACCAAAUUUAAGGAUGACGCGUAUAGCAUUCUCAAGAGGAUUGAAGAGAUUGAAGAAAAACAUAAACAAGACCAGACCUCUGCUGCUGAAGAAGAAAGACCUCUCGAUUUUUUGACCUCCAAGAAGCACAUUCUGAACCAAAUUAAUGUUUUAAAGAAGUUGCCUCUUAGUGAGAUGCAUCGCGAAUGUCAAAAGGUUGUGCAAAGACUUAAACCGGAGCUUGUGGACUUGAUCUUAAAAGCUUAUGAUGAGAUCGAAGAAACUUACCGCAGAUUGAUUGUUAUUAGAAGACAGUUUUGGAAACAAUAUGAAAUGACCGUUUUCUUCCCAAGAAACAAAGAUGAGGAGAAACAUAGUUGGAGUAGGCUGAAGGAAACACUCGAUUCAUUAUGCCAGCAGGUCAGUUCUUUUAACGAGUGGUGGAAAGAGAAUGAACAACACUUCACUCCAUGUGAAGGAUCAAGUCCUAAAAAGACAAAGAUCAACACUGAAUAUUGAACUGUGUUGUGCUGCAGUUCCAUGCAACAGCGCCAUUUCCCUCACCACAUGUUUAGCAAUUCUAUUGUCAUAGCUGUUUUUGUAUACUCGUGUAUCUGGGGGCUGCAUUCAUCUAUCAGAAGCCUAUGCUUGAUGAUCUAAAGUUUACAAAUUAAUGAUUGGCAGUUGAUUUGACACACAGAAUGUAGCUAUAUGAUGCCUAUUAAUUCUUGUUUUUUUUUUCAGAAUUAGUUUCACGCAUAUGUACCUCAAUUCACACAGAUUUUCUCAUACUCCCUAUUUCUUAAGCAGUUCAUAUCUAAAUCAAUCAACAUUUCAACACUAUUUGUGAAUACUGGAUAGUAUUCUUAUGUUGCCUAAACAUGAUUUAGGC